GCAUGCAGAUUCGCGGCAUAGCCACACACCUCUCUUGCAGCUGACAUUUAGAACUGAUUAUGAUAUGCAAGAUACGUGUCGAUUGCAUAUGUAUAUUAUUUCUGUUUCUUCCCCUUGCGAUAUCCUAAAGGGGGCAUUCGAUGGUCAAGACCUCAAUACCUUCCGGGUUACUGUCCGGUAUUAUAUGUUCGUAUGUGUACAUUUAUUAUUACAAUGUUGUGAUGCCGCUGCCUUUCGGCUGCCUCGAGCGCCACCGUUUUCGGGUGAAAUUGACAGGUCUUAUCAAUGACAGCUGUCAAUGUAUCCCUUGCGUAUCAGGACGAGCUCCCUUCACCGACAGGGCGUUCCCAAUCCAAUGUGAGAGAGUGUACCGAAAGCUUGGGGAAGUCCUAUUAUCUCUCUCUCUCUCUUUGUUAAUAAAUGCCUCUCUGCCUCUUCGGCAACGAAGACAGGAUCGCUUACCGAACCCUAGCGAAACCGAGCAAAUAAAGAAAAAGAAAAAAGAAAUAAAUAUAAAAACAAAAAUAAAAUAAGAGAAGGUGGUAGAGAUCUUGAACUAGUGAUCGAAGCUAAACACUCAACGAUCUCUAGUGAGUGGAUCUUGAAGCACUAUGCAAACACUCGGAUCCUUCACAGAGCCAAUAGAAUUCCAAGUUCCAAUAUGCGAAGGCAAAUAAAAAAAGAAAAA